AUGGAGUCCGGCAACCCUAAUCAGACGUUUGGCAUUCAUGAGCUCUAUCGUCCUACCGAUGGAAUUGCUGACGUUGACAUUGUAGCAGUCCACGGUCUUAACGGUGACGCCAGAGGAACAUGGACCUCCAAGUCCACCCAAACGUCGUGGCUUAGCCACCCUGACUUUUUGCCGAAAUAUCUACCCCGUGCUCGAAUCUUGAGUUGGGGAUACAAUGCAAAUAUUUCGACAUUGAAAGGGAAAUCAACAAGUCAGGAUCGAAUUCUUCAUCAUGCGCACACUCUUGUCUCCCAGCUCAACGCUGACCGAGAGCUAGAAGAUGCGGCAGAGAGGCCGAUAAUCUUCCUCUGCCAUUCGCUGGGUGGUAUCGUUGUCAAAAAGGCAUUAGCCUACUCUGCAAGUCGCACAGGCCAAAAAAUCUCCUUCCUCCACUCCCUCUACACCUGUACCUACGGAAUCCUCUUCUUCGGCACGCCGCAUCACGGCUCCAGCAAAGCCAAUCUCGGAUCGGUCAUUCAAAAGAUGGCAUCCGUCACCAUUCCACGCAGCGUCCUAAAUACAGAAUCCAACCUAAUCAAAGCACUUCGAGAAGGCUCGGAGACUCUUCAAGAUAUAAACGAUCAAUUUUGCCCCCUGAUAUCCCGCUUCCGAAUCAUUUUUUUCUGGGAACAGGAGCGUACAGAGGUCAAGAUUUUGAAAUUGAUCGAUUACAUCGUCACAGAAGCCAGCGCAGCUCCGAUUCUGGACAACACCGAAAGAUGCGGGAUUGCAGCAAAUCAUAGCGAAAUGUGCAAAUUUGAAAGCACACGCUGUCAGGGAUUUCGGGAUGUGGUAGCAGCGCUCAAGCGGCUCUGUCGCAGCGCACCCGAGGUGAUAAUGACAAGAGUUUUGCGAGAGAGAGAAGUGCUGCUGCAGAGGAGGCGAGACGAGGCUGCCGAGAUCAUGGGAACAUGCCUACCGAAUUUUGGUUUGGCAGCUGAGCAUAGCAAUGAUACCCUGUCUCCUGACGCACCUCGGUCUAUUCUCGCAUGCACUAAAGCAGGUAAUAGCUUAGUCGGACGACGGUUACUGGAUACUGGAGGACAGAGCUCCUUGUCACAAUUGGCGCCGAAAGAGCAGUGA